AUGGGAGGAAUAAACAGCCACAGCUACCACCAGCAGCACAGCGGCAUUAAAUCCGAGGAACACGAGUAUGGGAAGAGCUUAGCGAGUUGGGAACAAAAACAAUUGCAUUCCCCAUCCCAACAACGGAGUUGGGAACAAAAACAAAUGCAUUCCUCCCCAUCCCAACAACGCACAUUGUGGUGUUUAGGCCUUGGCAGCUUCAGAAGCCUUAUCACCUGGUUCCUCCUCAUCGUUUCUAUGCUCUACAUUCUCUACUCCUCCAAUCUCCUCCUCACCAACGAUCCCAAUUGCGCCUCCACAACUUCCGUCCUCUCCACUGAUGAACAUCUCUCUUCUUCCUCCACCUCCGACGAACAUCUCUCUUCUUCUAGUCAAUUCCUCCGCAAUACCAAUUUCAGUUCCUCCUCUACCUCUAAACCCAUGAUCAGACAUGGAGGAGAAACAGAGGAACGACAAAGGGUUACUGUGUUGCAAUCCCCACGUCAAUUUGACACGGAGCUCAAACACAUCGUGUUCGGCAUCGCGGCGUCGUCAAAUCUGUGGGAGCAGAGGAAGCAAUACAUCAAACAGUGGUGGAGGCCAAGGGUAACGAGAGGUGUGGUGUGGAUGGACAAACCCGUCAGAACCCGCCCCAAUGAAGGGCUGCCGCAGAUCCGGAUCUCCGGCAACACCUCCAAUUUCCCCUACACGAACCGGCAGGGGAGCCGGUCGGCGCUGAGGAUAUCGAGGGUUGUAUCAGAGAUGGCGAGACUAGGGAUGAAGGACGUGAGGUGGUUGGUGAUGGGUGACGACGACACGGUGUUCGUGGUGGAAAAUGUGGUGAGGGUGCUCUCCAAGUAUGACCACCGCCAGUUCUAUUACGUGGGGAGCUCCUCGGAGAGCCAUAUCCAGAACAUCUUCUUCUCCUACGCCAUGGCUUACGGCGGGGGCGGUUUCGCCAUUAGUUAUCCCUUGGCGAAAGCUCUUGAGAAGAUGCAGGAUCGCUGCAUCCACAGGUAUCCUGGCUUGUAUGGCAGUGACGACCGUAUACAGGCCUGCAUGGCCGAACUGGGUGUGCCCCUCACCAGAGAAGCUGGAUUCCAUCAGUAUGAUGUGUAUGGAGACCUCUUGGGUCUAUUAGCUGCACACCCUGUAGCUCCAUUAGUAUCAUUGCAUCACCUAGAUGUGGUGGAUCCUAUAUUUCCAGGCAAGAGCAGAGCCAGAGCAAUCCAACACCUCACCGAAGCCAUCAAACUCGAUUCUGCCAGUAUAAUGCAACAAUCCAUUUGCUAUGACAAGAAGAGAAACUGGUCAAUCUCUGUCUCAUGGGGCUAUGUUGUUCAGAUCUUAAGGGGUGUCAUCUCACCCAGAGAACUGGAAAUGCCCACCAGAACAUUCCUCAAUUGGUACAAAAGAGCUGAUUACACUGCGUACGCAUUCAACACUAGGCCUGUAACCAAGCAUCCAUGCCAAAAGCCUUAUAUUUUCUACAUGAACACUAUCAGAUAUGAUCGUGUUAAGGAGCAGACAUUGGGGAUCUACUCUCGCCAUAGAGCUCCACAACCUUAUUGCAGGUGGAGAAUGGAUUCACCAGAGGAAAUUGAUUCCGUUGUUGUCAUUAAGAGACCAGACCAUCUACGAUGGCAGAAGUCACCAAGGAGGGAUUGUUGUAGAGUUUUGCCAUCAAAUAAGAAAUCAACCAUGUACGUACUUGUGGGCAAUUGUGAAGAAGGGGAGACUAGUGAAUUAUGACAAUGGGAUUAGGUUGGUUUUGUUUUAAUUUCUUUGUGAUUAAAUGGAAUCUCAACUGAUCAAAUUAAUUGGAUAUCCUGUGUUGUAGAGGAAAUCCAACAAGCUCAUAUGCUAGAUUCCAAACCAAUCUCCCCCUCCC